AAAAGCGUUUAAAGUAUAUUAGCAGUACGUAUGUAGUACUUGAUGGUAGUAUGUCAUGUAUUACUCAACUCGGCCUCGGGCACACUGCAAGUGAUUGAAUACACGAAUACACUCCUAGAAGUAGACACGGACAAAGUUCUCGUAUCGUAUUGUCUGUUAUCGUUAUUAUAGACUGCGAAAAAUUAAACAAUUUAAAAAAUGAAUCACAGGAAAUUACGUCUUUCAUAUAACUUUCUACGCGUAACAUGUACAUAUAUCUGUAAUAGAACACGAAUAACUUGUGGUCAGUUAAAUCUUACUUUACAUACGUUAUUAUAAGGGACGUAGUAUGUACUAUACAUAUAUAUACAUACACAGUAGCUUUAAACAUUUGUAAAACUGGACUAAAUGCCUUGAAUUUUUUAGACGGCAGAAGAACUAGCCUAUUAGACAAUGGCUACAAUAUUUUUAAAAAAUUUUGCAAUUACUUGAAAUAACAAAAAAAAAAUAAAAAACUCAUGUUUUUAAACUUUUUAUUUAAAGCUAUAACGAAAAAUUUUAAAAAUGCGUUUGGUAGAUCGUAGCAACUUGUGACAAAAUUGAAUACAUAUAUAACCGUAAAUUCUCUUUCAAAUAAAGAUUAUCUUAAAUAGAUAUUAUCUGCAUAUACAAUAUAAAAACAGCAUGUGACAUUACACAUUGUACGUAUACAUACAUAUGUACAUAUGCAUGUAUAUUCUGUCUACAAGAUCGCAAAUUUUCAUUGGUUUAUACGUGAGAUUUCGAUUGGCUUCGUUGAUAUCUGGCUUUAUAAAAGAGAAAUUAUUAAUUUGUAUGGCUGAUCAAGAUUUGUGUAUGUAUGUGUUAAAUACUAGUCUUAUUAAUCUACAAAGUAAUACGGAAAUUAUAAAAUGUAUCAGGAAAUAUAGAAACUGAAGCAGAAUUUACAACAUAUGUGAACGGGGAAUAUGGGUUGAGUCAUAAAUUGCACAAGGUGUAAAUGAGUUAUGUCAAUCUAAACAAUUUGAAAUGGAUGAUGUAGAGGAGAAGUAAACAUGAUUGACUAUUCUAAAUUGUAGCACUGUAUGAAUAAAUUAUCCUAGAAAAUUUAAAAAUGAGUAACAUUACUUCGCAAGAUGUAUCGGUCAAAUCAGUGUUAGCAUUAAACAAUAAUGAUUUAAAAGAAUUUAUUUGUGGAUGGGGGGCUGCUGUUAUUAACGUAUCUAUUACCUUUCCUAUUAAUAAAAUUAUAUUUAGACAGAUUUUGGAAGAUGUACCAGCCAAUACUGCUUUCAAACAAAUAUCCAAAGAAGGCAUACGAUUGUUAUAUCGUGGAAUUUUACCACCCCUUUGUCAAAAGACUCUAUCCCUUAGUGUAAUGUUUAGUAUGUAUGAAGGAUGUAAAGAACGUUUGUACAUGUUAACAAACAAUGACGUGUUAGUUAGAAUAUUAGCAGCUCACUUUGCUGGCACUGCUGAGGCUAUACUUAUGCCGCUUGAAAGAGUACAAACACUGCUACAAGAUUGGCGGUAUCAUAACAAAUUUAAAAACACUUCUCAUGCAUUUAAAUAUUUAUUGAAAAAUUAUGGUCUAUCAGAAUACUAUCGUGGGUUAGUUCCGAUUAUAUAUAGGAAUAGCUGUUCAAAUCUUACAUUCUUCGUUUUAAGAGAACAAUCGAAACUAUUAAUGGGUGACCAGGAAACAUUAGUAACAAGUUUCAUCAAUGGUGCUUUAAUUGGUGGUUUUACAAGUACUAUAUUUUAUCCAAUGAAUGUAAUAAAAAUCCAUAUGCAAUCAAAAAUAGGUGGUAAUUUUCAGAAAUUCAUGACUGUAACUCAUGAAAUAUAUACAGCAAGAAAUAGAAGUAU